GAUGUCGUUACUCGGCUAGGCCACAACAUGUUUCAAGUUUGACAGCCAUCAAUCGGUCCGCUGUUAGAUGAUGUGAAAUCUUCACGCAGCCGCCCUUGCGAUCUCCUCCAACUCCUUCGACAGCGACGAGUCUGUCAGUGCUAAUUUUUCCUUCAAACUAGCUCGAUCAAGAUUGUCUACCUUCGCUGUGGAAGUGGCCAUGGCCAGCAGAAGGACAACUAGACAAUCAUCGAAAAAUCAAGCAAUGCUCAAUGCUUGAGUGCAACACCACUGUGCGGACAACAAAACAACCCACAAUCGAAAGUCCGAACAGGUGUGGUAGGAGAGAGACCACUACGUUCAGCACUCUGUUGUAGCUUUCGGGCCCUCAACCUGACGUCUCCUAGCCUUACUGCAACCACUCCCUCCCUGCGCCACGGUUAUUUGUACACCAUCCACUUGUACGACGAUCGACAAUCACUGCAGAUUGCGCGACUCUAUGCUGUGGCUGUCGCUGCUACCAGGGACUUCCUCCCUCGAGUUUUAUAGAGAGCGCGAUAUGAGGCAACCGAAUACUGGGCAUCUACCUUAACGAGACAAAUGCAUUCGUCAAGAGACGUUGGCAUCGC